CCCCUCUACGCUCAUUGAAAACAGAACACAGCUGUUGAGGCGCAUCGUUCCGAACGUUAGCAUUAAAAAGCUGUUAGCCGUGUCCCGGAUGUGCCCGCUGGAAUAUCAGAAGAAGAAUAAGCAGCAGCCUGAGAGCAGCAGGUCCAGACUCCAGAACCAGAGCCCCCCCCCCAACACCAUGAGCAUCUGACACACACACACACACACCUGUCUGAUGGAGGCCGUUGUCUUUACUCUCUUCUGAGCCACAACCCUCCAUUUAUAAGUGUGUGUGCGUGCGUGCAUGUGCGUGUGCGUAGAGGGCCGGGAGGGCUUUUCUGAGGACGAUGAUCGCUCUCGUGCUGUAGAGCUAGAUGCUGAGGGAAUGAUGGACCUCCCCGAUGGCCACUCAGGCAUCACCUCCACCGCUGCCCCGGUGUCUGAGAAGAGCAGCAGCUCAGAGUCUCUCAGCGAUAAAGGCUCCUCGGACCUGAAGAAGAGUUUUGACGCCGUGGUGUUCGACGUGCUGAAGGUCACGCCAGAGGAAUACGCGGGACAGAUCACGCUCAUGGACUCCCCCGUGUUCAAAGCCAUCCAGCCAGAGGAGCUGUCGAGCUGUGGCUGGAACAAGAAGGAGAAGCACAGCUCUUCUCCCAACGUGGUGGCUUUCACUCGCAGGUUCAACCAGACGAGCUUCUGGGUGGUUCGGGAGAUCCUCCAUGCUCAGACACUGAAGAUCCGAGCGGAGGUUCUGAGUGUGUACAUCCGCACCGCCAAGAAACUGUGCGACAUGAACAACCUCCACGCCGUCAUGGCCGUGGUGUCGGCGCUGCAAAGCGCCCCCAUCUUCAGGCUGAGCAAGACUUGGGCGCUGCUGAGUCGUAAGGACAAGGCCACCUUUGACCGCCUCGACUACCUAAUGUCCAAAGAAGACAACUACAAGCGUCUGAGGGACUUCAUCAGCAGCCAGAGCAUGGUGUCCUGUAUCCCGUACCUAGGAAUGUACCUGUCUGACCUGACCUACAUAGACUCCGCCUACCCGUCCACGGGCAGCAUCCUGGAGAACGAGCAGAGGUCCAACCUGAUGAACAACAUCCUGCGGAUCAUAUCGGACCUGCAGAGAUCCUGCACCUACGAUGUUUCGGUGUUGCCUCACGUUCAGAAGUAUCUCAACUCAGUGCGGUACAUCGAGGAGCUGCAGAAGUUUGUGGAGGACGACAAUUACAAGUUGUCCCAGAAGAUCGAGCCUGGCAGCAGCACCCCGCGAGUGAACCCCCCCAGAGAGGACCUACCGGGCCAGGAAGCGUCUCCUCUCUGCGUCCGUAAACAUCCGAUAGCGGGCGAAGGAACCAAAGUCCCGGCCACGCCGCCGUCCCCCAGGAACCUGCUGCCCUCCGGACACAGGAAGUGCCACAGCCUGGGCUACAACUUCAUCCACAAGAUGAACACGGUGGAGUUUAAAAGCGCCACGUUCCCCAACGCCGGCUCUCGCCACCUGCUGGACGACAGCGUGAUGGAGAGCCACAGUGCCGGGGGGGGGCGAGAAAGCUCCACGUUGUCCAGCGGCAUCUCGCUCGGGAGCAGCGAGGGCUCCGAGCUCAGCGAGGAGGUGUCGUGGCCGGCGUUUGAGAGGACUCGGUUCUAUCACUCUCUGGGCCCAGUGACCCGCGUGGCCCGCAUCCCCUACAGAGGAGUCCUGAGGCCCAGCAGCUCGGCGGAGUCAGAGGAGCUGGCGGUCCACUUGUACCCCGGAGCGGUCACGAUGCAGGGGGUCCUGAGGAGGAAGACUGUGCUGAAGGAGGGCAAGAAACCCACCGUGGCGUCGUGGACCAAGUACUGGGUGGCCUUGUGUGAGACUCGGCUCUACUACUAUGCUGCCAAGUCCCUGAAGGCCUCCGACAGGAAGCACUUCAAGUCGACGUGCAGCAAGUGUGUGUGUGUGGUGGGUUUGAUGGUCAUGAUGGCCGACGACCCCGAGCACCCAGACGUCUUCUUACUGACGGACUCCGAGCAGGGUAACACCUACAAGUACCAAGCAGGGAACCGAAUGAACGCUUUGCUUUGGUUCAAACACCUGAGUGCUGCCUGCCAGAGCAACACACACCAGGUUCCAGCCAAUCUGAUGUCAUUUGAGUGAUGAUGAAGAUGAAGAGCAGUACUGAAUGAAUAUUGGGAGCUUUCACUGCCAUGAGCCCCCCUGACCCCCCCCUCCCUCUCCACUGAAUCUUCACCUGUGCGUGUGUGUGUGUGUGUGCGUGUGUGUGUGCGUGUGUGUGUGUGUGUCACAAAGGUACAAUCAUCAGUUUAAGUUAAGACGAGUUCAUUCUUUUUUCCAGUGUUUAUUUGCACACACACACUCACACACACACUGUACACAUGCACACACACACACACACACACACACACACACUCACUGUACACAUGCACACACACACACUCACAUGCACACACACACUGUACACACACACACACCCCAGAAGACUUUAAGCUGUGAAAGGACUUUUCUCGUCUAUCAGACUAUUUUUUGUGGUUUGUGUUGGUAGUUGUUUGGAGGGGGGUCCAUCUCCCAGUAUUACCAUGACACACACACACUGUGUGUAUAUAUAUAUGUGUGUGUGUGUGUGUGUGUGUGUGUAGUUUCACGGAUCCUAAAUAUUAAAGGUGAUCCGGUCAAUGGAGACGACACUGAUUCCAUUAAUAUUCAUCAUUUAAAAAAAAAUGAAACAACUGUUUCCAUCCUGUUUACAGUUUUACCCCCAUGUUGUGUAGAAAGCUUCUUUACCCCCCCCCCCCCCCAUCAAUGUGCACCUCAACGCUUCACGCUUUUUGACACUUCAGACGUUCAGAUGUCUGACUGAAGGAAGCAGAGGAACAUGUGCACAAAGUAAAGUCCACACUGAAGACGAGGAGCUCACCACGCUGGAGCUGAAGGAGGAUCAGGGUCUGUGGGGGGGGGUCAAAAUCCCUUUAGCUGCUUCUUGGUGCUGUUUAUCCAUAGAAUCAGUCUCCGUGGAGGCAGGUGUUUGAUGAACAGAUGAAUGAGUUGAUGGAUCAAUCAGACUUCUUUGGUUCAGUGUUUGGUGAAAAUAAUGGAACCAGGUCAUUUUUGGGAUGCUGCGUGUUUUUAUUUUUUUCAGGUUGACGUCAUUUUUGGGAUUAAGGCAGAAAGUGUUUUCAGUUACAAGGAAACUUGAUGCCUAAAUCUCUUGUUUUUGUGUUAUUUCCUUUAACAAACCUUGAUCUACUUUUAUUCCCCGUGUGAAAUGAACCAGUUUGUGAAUUCUGUCUUUUUAAAGGUCACAAAUAGUUUAACCCUUUAAGAGGUUAAGAGUUUCAGCCUGUUGGAUUGUUGUGAAAACGAGGGAGAUGUGUGCAUGACCUUUGACCCUGUGUGUGUGUGUGUGUGUGUGGCGCUGUGACCUCUCAGCUGAGUGAUGCGCUGCCUUGUUGACGGACUGAGAACCAAUAAACACUCUAAAGCCUUUUUUUACAACCCAA